AUGCCGCUCCAUCUCCUCGGCAAAAAGUCAUGGAACGUCUACAACGCCGAGAAUAUCGCCCGCGUCAGGCGCGACGAGGCGCAGGCAAAAGCCCGCGAGGAAGAAGACGAACGUAUCAUGCAGGAGGUCGAUGCCGAACGCAGGAUCAAAAUUCUUCGUGGCGAACGUCCGCCUACGCCUCCGCCGGCGCCCUCUCUUCAGUCAUCUGAACCCGGGGCUCGAUCAGACAGAAAGUUCGCCAGCCAUGCUGGAGGAUUUCGUAAGAGAAGGAGGGUUGCUGGGGAAGAUGAUACGGAUCGAGAUAUACGAUACGCUCGGGAGGAUGCUGCACAAGCGGUUGCUAAGCGGGAAGAGUUGAUGCUCGCCUCUCGCAAGGCUGAUACAGCAGAAGCCCCGAUUCUAGACAAGUCCGGCCAUAUCAACCUGUUCCCAGCUGCAAGUGCUAAAACAGGGAAGAACUCUGAAGCGGAGGCUGAAGCGGCACGGAAGAAACGCAGCUAUGAAGACCAAUACACGAUGAGGUUCUCCAACGCCGCAGGCUUCAAGAAGACUAUCGGCCAGAAACCGUGGUAUUCCUCUACAGAACAAAAUGCAACAGCUCCAGAGUCGAUGCCCGAGAAAGAUGUGUGGGGUAAUGAGGACUCAGGGCGUAAAGAGAGGACACAGGCUCGUAUGAGUGCGAAUGACCCACUUGCAGCGAUAAAGCGAGGUGUGCGUCAGUUGAAAGCAACAGAGCAGGAACGGAAGCGAUGGAAUGAUGAAAAGCGAAGAGAGAUUGAAGCUUUGAAAGCUGAGAAGGUACGGCAGUCAAGCCAUCGGCGAAGGCGAUCCCCGUCAGUGGACAGCCUCGAUGGGUUCAAACUGGAUGCGCCGGACAGAGAACAUGAGAAGGACCGAAGAAGUUCUGACAGGCAUCAUCGUCGCCGUCGGGAUCAAAGUCGAGAUCGCUCUCAUCGUCGCCCUCAUCGUCGCCCUCAUCAUCACUCUCACCACCACUCCUCUCAUCGCAGUCAUUGUCAUCGUCACGAUGAACAUUCUGAGGCUGGCAGGCGGGAAAAACAUAUUGAAGCAAGGAGUCGAACCUAG